UUAGUAUGUCAUCCAGUCCAGGGAAGGUUGAAAGCGUCAUUUUUCUAGUGCUUGUGCUUCUCACUAAUUUCCUGUUGGGGAAAAGCAGAGUCGUCAUUUUGGUGGGUGCGGUCAAUAGUUCAAACUUUUACUCAAGAUGAAGUCGGAAUGUGCAAGUCUUGCCAUUUUCAUUUUGGGAUUAUUGAUUAGUCCAAGUUUGAGCUAUUCGAUUCAGGAUGAAGAAUUUAUCGUCGAGACGAAAAAAGUGCUGACUCCUGAGGAGAAAGUUUUAGCGAAUCAGGCUCGUGCUGAGAUUGCAAAAGCAGUCGAGAAUAAUUUGAUUCGGAUAUUCGCCAUAAUCACGGCACAAAACGAGCACCCUCACCCACGCCAAGAUGACGACGGUGAUAUUGAAGACUUGGUCCCCACCCCGAAUCCAAACGUGUUACCACAAGUGGCGCAAAUUUUGGGGGCAAUAUUCUCCGGAACUUUGAAUAUUACUCGCAUCGCGGAUGGGACGGUGGGUCUGGUGCCAAACUUUGUGAGGAAACAACUCCAAGGCCUGGUCAAACUCUUAACGGGUGAAACUGUCAACUUGAGCGGAAGCAGCACGACGACGACGCCUGCCCCGACGGCAAAUAAGAUCCGGCAAACGACGGAAGUGGACACAAUUUUCGAAGAAGAACCAGCCUCGGGAGCACCACCACAAGUUGUGUAUCCAGGCGGAGAAGUCGCCCCAGCACAAAACCCACCAACCAACGCCCAACAGAGCUUGGUGGUCGAGGGGGGCGAGGGCGGAAAUAAGACGAAAUAUCGCGUCAGAACCAAAGUUAGGAGAACUACGACCAUCUCACCGGACAAAGUAGUCCCACCCGUGGACGAUGAGAUUGAGAGGAUUGAACGCGAUUUGAGAGCUGCUGCCAGAAUUUUGGAACCGUAUGAGAAUAAGGAACCUCGAUUCUACGCUGGAAUGUUCACAAAUGUGCUGCAAAAUGUGAACAUGACGGAAGUGACGAAAGCAGUGCCGAGCAUUUUCAAGGGUGCCACGCAAGCCAUCCUCCUCCUGGAGAACCUUGGCGUGCUCGACACUCUGCCGGGGGCAGAAGCGUUGGAGAAUUUGGAAGAUUUGGUAGAUCUGGACAUUGAUUAAGACAACUCAAGAAAAAAAGAAGAACAUUCUGCUUAAUUUAAUAAUAAUUUUACAAACUUUCACAAUCAUAUUUAAUAUUUUGUGUAAAGUUCAUAUAUAAUUGUGGAGUAAAGGAAUUUCAAGAGAAAGUA